CUCCAGUUAAUGCUACAGGACACUGGGAGAACUCCCCCUGAGACAAGAGCUGCAGACUGAAGAGGAAGCAAGUCCAGACCUGCCCAGAAUUUCCCUCUGCCCUGAGUGGAAAGACAGUCAGAGAGUGAGAAAGUGCAAGAGAGAACAACUCCCUCACAAUGCGGACCCUCAUCCUUCUCGCGCUCCUGGCUGUUUUGAUGGCUGCAGCUUUCUGCUAUGAAUCCCACGAGAGUAUGGAAUCCCAUGAGAUUUUUGAUCCCUUCAUUAACAGACGAAAUGCCAACAACUUCAUGAACGCUCAGCAGAGACGAAACUUUGUGCAGGAGAGGAUCAGAGAACGUAACAAGAGCCCCCAGGAACGCCAGCGAGAGAUCUGCGAGGACUAUAACCCCUGUGAGCGCUACGCCAUGUUCUAUGGCUACCCUGCUGCCUACAAGCGCUUCUUUGGGCAGCGGAGGAGCAAAUUUGAGUGACAAGUUCCCAUUCCCGGAGCCUGGAGCCCGGGUUCUGUACCUAGAUGGAGCAAAGUCUCUGAAACUUAUUAAGUUGCUUGUUCACUGUAUGUUAUCCUGCCCACUGCUUCACUCCCCUGUAGCUGAGGAUUCCUAGAUUUUGUGUUAAUUAGUCUAAUGGCGAUGUAGAUGAGGUUGGACAGGCGCCAGGAUGUGGGUGUUUAUUACACAAUAAACUGCCAGUUUGAUACUGUUU